CACAUGCCCACUCCAACAUGGCCGCCACCACAGCGUGUGAAUCUCAAAUAAAUACUUCAGAGGAAAGCAUGCACGUAAAGAAAGCUUUAUCUGUAGCGUCGCCUCUUACUUUGAAGAUUGUAGCUGAAUGUCCAGUGACAAAAGCCAGAGCAUGUGAGUUGAUAUUGCCCCACAGCCCGGUCAGCACCCCUGUUUUUAUGCCUGUGGGCACUCAAGGGACCAUGAAGGGGAUCACUGUAGAUCAGCUCGAUUCCCUGGGAUGCCAGAUCUGCCUGGGGAACACGUACCACCUGGGCAUGAGACCGGGCCCAGAACUAAUAGAAAAAGCCAAUGGUUUACAUGGGUUCAUGAACUGGAAAAGAAAUCUCCUAACUGACAGUGGAGGAUUUCAGAUGGUGUCUCUUGUGGAGCUGUCAGAAGUCACGGAGGAAGGAGUCAAGUUUAAAUCUCCCUACGAUGGCAAAGAGAUCCUACUUACUCCUGAAAAGUCUAUUGGCAUUCAGAACAGUUUGGGAUCUGAUAUUAUGAUGCAACUGGACGAUGUGGUGAGCAGCACAGUGACAGGCCCCAGAGUGGAGGAGGCCAUGCACAGAUCUGUUCGAUGGCUGGAUCGUUGUAUAGCAGCCAAUAAGAAUCCACACAAGCAGAAUCUAUUUGCCAUUAUCCAGGGAGGACUCAAUGCACAGCUGCGCAAAACCUGUCUGGAUGAAAUGACCAAACGUGAUGUUCCUGGUUUUGCCAUUGGGGGCUUAAGCGGAGGAGAGGAGAAGGAUGACUUUUGGAGAAUGGUUACCUUAAGCACAGACCACCUCCCCAGAGAGAAGCCCAGAUACCUUAUGGGAGUGGGGUAUGCUCUUGACCUAGUUGUGUGUGUUGCUUUGGGGUGUGACAUGUUUGACUGUGUCUUUCCAACUCGUACAGCGAGGUUUGGCUCAGCGUUGGUGCCCUGGGGGUCUCUCCAGGUGAAACAAAAACAAUAUGCUAAAGAUUUCAAGCCUAUAGACCCUGACUGUGAAUGUCCUACAUGCAAAAGACACAGCCGGGCUUACCUCCACGCACUAUUCAAGAAUGACACCGCGGCUAUGCAUCAUAUCACCAUCCAUAACAUCAGCUACCAGCUCACCCUGAUGCGCUCCGUUCGCCAAAGCAUUGUGGAUGGUCGUUUUCCAGAGUUUAUACGGACAUUCAUGAAGAGGAUGUUUUCUUCUCCUGACCAGUAUCCCAGCUGGGCAGUGGACGCCUUAGCAUCUGUUAACAUCACACUGGAUUAGGGACUGCAAAAGACCAACACAAUUUUUUAUGUCAUAUCACAUUUUAAUGGGACUUUUGUCUAAGACAGACAGAUCACAGUUGUUAUUUUUUUUUCUAAUGAAUCCAGGAAUGUUUAUCAUCCUGCUCGGACCUGCUGCACCCUUUUGCCUCCUAGUUCAAAAAAGUAGCUUCCUCUUUAAGAUUUAUUGAAUUCCUGUUAAUGCUGCCAUGUCUAUAAACCAUAUACAGUCAUUUCCAACACAAAAUAAUUGCU